GUGAGACAGAGUGAGAGAGGGAGACAGGGAGUAGGUUCACGCUAUCCCGGAGUUGUGCUGCAGAAUCCUCAUUUUAAUGAACUCCUGGUUGAUUCAUUAACAUUCUGCUUGUAAAGCGUUGCUUUGUGCAGGAGGGGGUUGCACAGAGCUCGCGGGUGCUAGGUUUGAAAGGAAAGAGAACGAUCGUGGCAAAUUUGAAACAGCGCUAAAGGACAGGAGAGCUCGAUUAAUCUGCCAGUCCUCUGCGCGUGUUUUUUUGGGUGAUAGAAGUUCUGAGGAUUGAUUCUUCAGUUGGAAUAACUGUUCGUAUCUAUCACUCCACUGCGUAUCGGAAAACACUGUUGCAAUGUCAUCUCACUCUACAAUCUCGGAGCUAUGUGGGAAGGAGAUGCUGGGAUGAAGCUGACCAACAUGGGGAAUUUCGGCUUGCUGCUUUUGGCGCUUCCAGCUCUUCUGGCCCAGUACAGCCCGGCUCGCGGAGCGGAGAAGUCCUACCCCGUCCUGAACAUUGCUGUUAUUUUAGGGCGGAACCACUACAUCAUAGAGAGGGACAUCCGGGGCCUGUGGGAGAAGGACAUGGUCCCCGAGGUGACCCUUGAUGUCAAUGUGGUCACUGUCCUGGUCAACCAGACCGACCCGAAAAGCAUCAUAACUCACAUCUGUGACCUGAUGUCUGGAACCAAAAUCCAUGGGGUGGUUUUUGGGGACGACACAGACCAGGAAGCGGUUGCUCAGAUUUUGGAUUUUAUUUCGUCCCAGACUUUCAUACCCAUCCUGGGAAUCCAUGGAGGGUCCUCCAUGAUCAUGGCAGACAAGGAUCAGAUGUCCACGUUCUUCCAGUUCGGGGCUUCUAUUCAGCAGGAAGCCCUCCUGAUGCUAAACAUCAUGAAGGAGUACGACUGGCACGUGUUCUCUGUAGUGACCAGCAAGUUCCCGGGGUAUCAGGAUUUCCUCACCAUCAUAAAGACCACGGUGGACAACAGCUUCUUAGGGUGGGAUUUACAGAACAUGAUCACUCUGGAUGCCGUGGCCGGGGAUAUGAAGACCCAGAUCCAGCUGAAGAAGAUCCAUUCCAACGUGGUCCUGCUGUACUGCUCGAAGGACGAAGCGAGCUACAUCCUGGAGGAGGCUCGCUCGUUGGGCUUGACGGGAUACGGCUUCGUCUGGAUUGUCCCCAGCUUGAGCACGGGCAACACCGAGAUCACUCCCGACGAGUUCCCGUCCGGGAUGAUUUCGGUUUCGUACGACGACUGGGACUACCCCCUGGAAGCCAGGGUGCGGGACGGCCUGGGGAUUAUAACCAGCGCUGCCGCUGCCAUGCUGGAUCAAUACAGCUUCAUUCCGGAGGCGAAGACCAGCUGCUACGGACAACUAGAGCAAAACGAACUGCCUUCCAACGCUUUGCACAAAUUUAUGAUGAAUGUGACCUGGAAUGGCAGAGACUUGUCCUUCACAGAAGAUGGCUAUCAAGCAAACCCCAAGCUAGUUGUCAUAGUUUUGAACAAGGAUAGGGUUUGGGAGAAGGUGGGGCGCUGGGAGAAUAAUAGCCUGUCUCUGAAGUACCCUGUGUGGCCCCGAUACAACUCCUUCGGGGACGCAGAGGCCGAUGACAACCACCUGAGCAUCGUCACCUUGGAGGAGGCACCCUUCGUCAUCGUGGAGAACGUGGACGCGCUCACUGGGACCUGCAUGAGGAACUCCGUGCCCUGCCGGAAGCACAUCAAGCAGGACAACACAACGAACGAAGGGACCUACGUUAAGAAAUGCUGCAAAGGAUUCUGCAUCGACAUCCUGAAGAAGAUCGCCAAGGCUGUGAAGUUCACCUAUGACCUUUACUUGGUGAUGAAUGGGAAGCAUGGUAAAAAGAUCAAUAAUGUGUGGAAUGGAAUGGUUGGUGAAGUGGUCAACAAGCGCGCUGUCAUGGCUGUGGGGUCUCUCACGAUCAACGAAGAGCGCUCUGAGGUCAUCGACUUCUCGGUCCCUUUCGUUGAAACCGGGAUAAGCGUCAUGGUGCCAAGAAGUAAUGGGACGGUUUCCCCAUCUGCUUUUCUAGAACCCUUCAGUGCUUCGGUGUGGGUGAUGAUGUUCGUCAUGCUGCUCAUUGUCACAGCCAUGGCUGUCUUUAUAUUUGAGUACGUCAGCCCAAUGGGCUUCAACAGGAAUCUAGCGCAAGGCAGAGACCCCCACGGCCCAUCGUUCACCAUUGGAAAAGCGAUAUGGCUGCUCUGGGGGCUGGUAUUUAAUAACUCUGUGCCGGUGCAGAACCCCAAAGGAACCGCCAGUAAAAUCAUGGUUUCGGUCUGGGCUUUCUUUGCUGUCAUCUUUCUGGCCAGCUACACUGCUAACCUGGCAGCCUUCAUGAUCCAAGAGGAGUUUGUUGACCAGGUGACUGGGCUCAGUGACAAUAAGUUUCAGAGACCCUAUGACUACUCUCCUCCCUUCCGGUUUGGUACUGUUCCCAAUGGAAGCACCGAAAGGAACAUUCGAAACAACUACCCUGACAUGCACCAGUACAUGGUGAAGUAUCACCAGAGAGGCGUGCAGGACGCUCUGGUCAGCCUCAAGACAGGAAAGCUGGAUGCAUUCAUAUAUGAUGCGGCUGUUUUAAACUACAUGGCCGGGAGAGACGAGGGCUGUAAGCUGGUUACCAUUGGCAGCGGCUAUGUCUUUGCAACCACGGGCUAUGGGAUCGCUCUGCAGAAGGGCUCAUACUGGAAACGGCAGGUGGAUCUAGCUCUGCUGGCCCUGGUUGGAGACGGUGAGAUGGAGGAGCUGGAGGCCCAAUGGCUGACUGGCAUCUGCCACCAUGAGAAGAACGAAGUGAUGAGCAGCCAGCUGGACAUUGACAACAUGGCCGGGGUCUUCUACAUGCUCGCUGCGGCCAUGGCCCUCAGCCUCAUCACCUUCAUCUGGGAGCACCUGUUUUACUGGAAGCUCCGAUUCUGCUUCACAGGAGUCUGCGAUGGAACGCCUGGGUUCCUGUUCUCAAUAAGCAGAGGAAUUUGGAGCUGUAUUCAUGGUGUUCAUAUUGAAGAAAAGAAAAAGUCCUCUGACUUAGACUUCAGCAGUCCACAAGCCAACAUGUUGAAGUUAAUUAAGUCAGCCAAAAACAUGACCAACAUGACAAACCUGAGCUCAUCAAGGAUCAGUUCUCCCAAGCGAACCUCCGACUUCACUCACAGAGGGUCCCUGAUGAUGGACAUGGUGGGUGACAAAGGAAACUUCCACUUUGCUGACAACCGGAGCUACCCUGCAAAAGAGGCUCUCUACCCUGACAACGUGAGUGACCUGCAGCCGUUUAUGGGAAAUCGCCACCAAGACAUCCUAAACAACUACAUCUUUCAGAGCCAGCACCCCCUGACUCUGAACGAGUCCAAUCCCAACACUGUGGAGGUGGCCGUCAGCGCCGAGACCGCCCCAGCCAACCCCAAACCCCGGCAGCUUUGGAAGAAGUCUGUGGAAACGUUGCGGCAAAAUCCGGGGCCCGUGCAAGAGUCCCUCCCGGUCGACCCGAGGCAUUCUAUUAAAAGCCAGCGGUACCUCCCAGAAGAGGCAGCUCAUUCUGAUGUGUCUGAAUGCUCGAGCAGAGCUGUUUCCUACAAGGACCCAGAUAACAACCAGAAGCACCACAAACCCAAGGACAAUUUAAAAAAAAGAUCGAUGACAUCAAAAUACCCUAGGGACUGCAGCGAAGUGGAGCUGUCCUACUUAAAGAAUAAGCAGAGCGGCUCCACACGCGAAAAGAUUUACACCAUAGAUGCUGAAAGGGAGCUGGGUUUGCAUGGAGACCAGCACCUUUAUAGGGAAAAUAGGCUGCCGGAGGACUUAGAGUACCCCUCCGAAAUGUAUCAAGAUCACAACGACAACUACAGGAAACAAGAACCCAUCAUCCAUCUCAACAGCAGCCCCCUUCACCCCCAAGAGAUCAUCCCCAACAACGAAAACAAGUACAGUCUGUACAACAAGCACUACAGCUUGAACGUCAGCCCACACGAGACAAACGAUAGGUACAAACAGACUCACUGCCGGAGCUGUCUUUCCAAGGUGCCAAAUUACUCUGGGCAUUUUGCUGUCAGGUCUCCUUACAACCGCUGCGAGGCCUGCGUGCACAUGGGGAACUUGUAUGACAUCAGAGAAGAUCAAAUGCUGCAGGAAUCGCUGAACCCCAUGCUGCAGGAAUCACUGAAUCCCAUGCUGCAAGACGAAAUGUUUGGCCAGCACUGGCCCCAGACUGAUGGGCCACAGGUACAGAAGAGGAAUAGACUGAGGCUGAGCAGGCAGCAUUCCUUUGACAAUCUCCUGGAGAAACCCAGGGAGAUAGACCUGGGAAGGCCGGCGCGGAGCGUGAGCUUGAAGGAGAAGGACAGGCUUCUCGAGGACAACCCUUAUGCAAACAUGUUUAAUCUCAAACCAGACAAGCUGUUCGACAGCAAGCCCACCUUCUUCAACCACAACCUGGAGGAGAGCAAACGCAACAAUUUCCUUCAGCAAGGACCCUUAUGCUUAAUUUAGCCCUUGAAAACUACCGAGGCGAGGCAGAGAACAUUAGGAAUCUCAUUUCCGCUGUCAGGACCAUGCUUCCUAACAUGAAACAACAAGCAUUGCAGUUUAACACAGUCAUCUGUUCAGCUCCAGCCACAAUCUGUCUCUUUAUCUUCAGUUUUUUUCACUUUUAAUAAAACAAUAACAAUCAUGUACUUUGAUUUUGGAAGCCAGUAUCAGAAGCUGUGAAUAUGAAUUCUAUACUUUACUACAUGCUGUACAGCCCUUUCUACCGACAUGUCCAUAACUCAUGAGGUGCUGCUUAAAACAAAUUCAAACCCAGCAUAUGUUCAUGUCAUUUGCAAUCCACUGUUGGGAUCUCUUCUUCACAAAUGGACACAUUAUUCCAAACCUUCUACAGUAUAAAUAUUAGAAUCACUUCCCUAGAUGUCUUGGCUCUCCUUUUUGACAAGAUAAGAGUUCAGCAAACCACCAGCAUUUCGCAAGGACCAGGGGAACUAGCCUGUCUCCUCCUCCCUCUUCUUCAUCAAUACUUAGCCACAUGUUGAGAUCAAUAGGCGUAUGAUUGAUCCUUCUAGCUGGGUGUCUGAAAGAAGACAUAAACAAUCUUUUAAUUCCGAUUACAGAAGUGGAUGCCAGCAGAGCAGUAACUGCAAACCUGCAAUCAGCCGCUGUGCCUGGCUGGUUCAUACAAAACAAAAUGUGAUUGAGUAUCUCUGUCCGUAUUUGCCAUUCUACAGGGGCACUAACCUGCGGUAUGAGGCUGCUUAGCCAUGAGUCAUCAUGCGUAUUUUAUUUGCUGUGUACUUACUUAAUAAUGUGUUCAUUUGAAAUAGUUAGCGAACACAUUCCAACACCGUUUGAAUUUCAAUCUAAAAUGAAAUGAGGGGAUUCAGCAUGCAAUCCCAAGCGCAUGACGACAAACGCAAAUGUGUUUCAUUAAAUCACUGUGCUUAGUUAUUUAAAACCGAUCUGAUGUUUAAAUAAUGUCAAAUCAAUGCAAACAAAUGUUCUGCUUAAAUGAACGCCAUGGAUCCGCUAAGCCUCAUUUCUCCCUUCUGUCAUUCCUUUUGCAGAGGCAUGCAAAUGUGUUCUUUAUAUCACGUGGAAACAGUACCCAGUUAUAAUGACCUUGCAAUUUGAUAUUUACUCCUCAUCAGAUAGCCCAUGUGUUGCUAAUUCCUGUGUACUUUGCUCAUAGCAGCAGACCGCUCCUGUCCUGCUCUUCCUAUCCGAGCACGUUCUCAUUCAAACCCACUGGUUUGGGCCCCUUUAGCAGUUCUGCUUAUUUAAAAGCAAAAUCCCAAGCUUAUAAAAAAAGUAUUUUUGCAUGUUUAAACCUGUACUAUUAUAUUAAAGACGGAAUUACAAUAUCCAUUUAUUGAAAUUAACUUUCUUAAGGUAUUGCAAUUCUGAAUGUCAUGACUAUUUAUUAAUUUUACAUUAAAAAAAAGACCUAUUACUUUCAAAUGAAAUGCAUUGGGCCUCUUUGGUGUCUCUGUUCAAAUGCCUGUCAAAUCAGUCUGUCCCCAGAGGUGUCCUCACGGGGUUGGGGGGGUUGUCUCCAGUUUAUGUUCAGUCAUGUUGUUCUUCAGGACACCCUUCAUGUAUACAUAUCCAUACUUGAUGCUUCAGUUUACAGUUUGGGUUUAUUGCUGGAUGCAAGUUUGUUUUUGAAGCUAGCAAAUAAACCCCCACGAUUACGCCAGAUGCUCUCUAUUCCCCGCGCAAUUUUUGAGUUGUGGUGAUACAGAGCUUCAGUGGUAGCUAGUGGGAUAACUGUUCCUAUAAAUGUCAUGCCACCCACACAUGUGUUUCCAGACAAUGCCUUUGAUCCCUGUGCUCUGUUCAUCCAUCAUGUUAUGAAAAAAAAAGCUUUUCAUUCCAACCCUCCC